AUGUUUCUGGCAUUUUUUUCUGGUUUAUCUAUUGUUCAAUAUUUAUGGACUCGUGAAAGCCAAUGCUCAACCACAAAUAUUGUUCGUCAUUCUGCUCAAGUCGUGUUCUCAGGAAACGAUGGACCAUUUGACACUACAAGUAUUGGCUCGAUUUGUUUGAGAUGGGGAAACAAAGAGAGAAAAUGCUGUACUAUCACGCUGGCGAUUAUCAACCAGUUGUCAGGAAAUGGAUUACGUGUCUAA